AUGCUGUUCAUUUUCGCGGUCGUUAUGGCUGCUUUGUUGCUAUUUGCUAUGGUCUUUUUUGUCAUCAUGUUCUCAGACUUGGAAUGCGAUUACAUCAACCCUAUCGAUCUGUGCAACAAGCUUAACCAGUUUGUCUUGCCGGAAAUGGCCACGCACGCGUUUUUGUUCUUUAUGUUUCUUAUCAAUGGAAGUUGGAUGGCAAUGCUUCUCAACCUACCCUUGGUCGCCUACAACGCUCGCAAGGUCAUGAACCAUCAGCACAUGUAUGACGCGACUGAGAUCUUCCGGACGUUAUCCGUGCACAAGAAGGAAUGCUUCAUCAAGGUCGCCUUUUACUUGAUCAGCUUCUUUUACUAUCUCUACCGUAUGAUCGUCGCUUUGAUUGCAGCUGAUUCCUAA